AUGGCGGCUAAGAUUUACUCGGAAGAACAGCUUAACUACUUCCGGGUUUGUCACAUAGCCACUGAUAUAUUGCCCCAAGCUUUGAGAUCACUGUUCAAGCAAGAAUGGGAUAAUCGUUACAAGGCAGCAUAUGGAGAAUGGAGGGACACGCCUCAAAAUGGCCUGGGCUUUAAAAACGGAGAGUCCCCUGCUAAUCAACGAAAAAAUGCCCGAUUGUUAGCGACGAUGAUAAAUGGAGACAGGGCGCAAUGGGACUGUACUAUGCUCUUUUAUGCCAUCCUGUAUUCUGAUUCUGUCGGACGUGGACUAAGUCCACUAAUCGGGAUCAAUGUUGAUAAUCUCAGAAAGUUCCGAAAUGAAGGCUUCGCUCACAUGAAAGAAGGUCAGCUCUCAAAUGCAGACUUCAGCAUCAUCGUUGGAAAUGUUGAGACAGCAUUUCGAGCUCUUAGCCUGUCUACGGCUGACAUCCAAACUGUAAGUAAGCAGAAAAGUUUCCCAACCGGUGAGUUGCAAAAUGUGAAGGCAAGUAAUCAGAACCUCACUCAAGACCUUCAGACGAAAGAUGCGGAACUUCAGGAAGAAAAAGACAAGUUACAAGAGAAGCGUGCAGAACUUCAAGAGAACAAGGACAGGCUAAAAACUACGGAAGAACAGCGUAAGGUCUUUGAAGAGCAACUUCAGCGUGAGGUGGAGCCAUUUUGCGUCCUUCCACCGAGACCUCCCCAUGUGAUCUCACGUCGCGACUCUGACGUUGAUAGAGUGUCACAGAAGCUCACUACCUUAAGGAAGGCUAACGUGAACAGUCUAAGUUUUUGUUAUGUUUCAGGCAAUCCCGGGAGUGGCAAAUCCCAGCUGGCUGGACUGGUUGCUGAGAAUUUCUACAAAGAAGCCCGAAAAGACACGAGUGCUCCUUCAUUUGUUAUGACUUUAAAUGCUAAAAACUUAGAAUCGCUUUUAGAAUCAUACUUUUCACUGGCGAGAAAAGUAAGAUGUCCCGCGUACACUAUAACUUCCACUGAAAACUCCAAGGAUUUAAAUACUAAACAGAAAAUAGCCAUUAUCAAAGAUUUAAUUGCGACAAAAAUUCAACUAUACUCAUCUUGGCUCUUGGUAAUUGACAAUGUCACAAAUCUUGCCAGAAUGGGUCAGUUUCUUCCUGAGCGUGGGAAUGAGCAGUGGGGCAAAGGCCAGCUGCUUAUCACAACGCAGGAUUGUUCCUGUAUCCCACCUGAAAGUCCAAUCACAUCUCACCUUUCUAUAAGCAAAGGUAUGAUUUACACUGACGUUGCCAACCUUCUAUUCGAGCUCACUGGAAUCACAGAUGAUGACAUGGGAAAAAAGGUAGCACACGCUUUGGAUUACCAGCCACUUACACUAGCCAGCGCAGGAGUGUACGUGAGAAAGGUACGUAACACAAAUCCAGACUUUGGCUGGGAGGAGUACUUACAAAAACUAGAAAAAGGAAAGCGUGAACGUACUGAAGAAGAACUUACCAAAGUAAACAAUAUCUACCCGGACUCUAUGACAGAGGCGACUAGGAUAGCCGUUAAAGCGGAAAUUGAUUCUAAUAGAAUAAUGAAGCAUGCUUUCACCUUUCUUGCUCUUUGUGCACCAGAGCCGGUAAGGCUACAGAUGUUGACCACUUACGUUGUAAAUGCUGAUGGAGAGUUGGAUGAAGAGGAAAUAGGCAUUCAGAUCCAAGGUUCCUCCUUGCUGUUAAUCGACAAAGAGGAUGAUGUCAACAUUCGUUUGCAUAACGUAGUACGCAAUAUUGUCAAGAGUUUAGUAAAAGAACAAAUGCAAGCUGAUGAACAUGUCCGAGUUGUUUGUGUUGCGGUGAAGUCAUUUAGUAAGUAUAUAAACGAAGCAAUACCAAAGAUUCUGCAAAGUGCAGAUUCUGUGUCUGAAAGUAGGCAUAUUGGUCCACACGUGAAAACUCUAGCUACCGAAAUUAAACAUGUUUCCUUUAGUACCGACAAGUUCGAUUUUAUCAAAACCACUUUUGAACAUUUAUGUGCAACCGUACAUGACUUUCACGUGCUUGGUUACGUUUGCUAUCUCCGUGGUGAGUACCUAUCAGCCUUGGACUACUUCAAUGAAGCUUUAAAACUCAGCGAACACGAAAAAAAACAAGACAGUGCCUGAUCACUUAGAAGAGGCGGAAAUUAUCCGUAACAUGGCUUCUACAUAUAACCUCAUGGGUGACAAUCAAAAGGCCAAGAAGUAUUAUGAACGUGCCUUGUCCAUUGAAUUGAAUAAGCUUGGACCCGACCAUGUUGACGUCGCGAGGAUGUACCAUAACAUGGGUACCCUACAUCACGAUUUGGGUGAGCAUCAACAGGCCAAGGAGUAUUAUGAACGUGCCUUGUCCAUUGAAUUGAAUAAGCUUGGACCCGACCAUGUUGACGUCGCAGGUAGGUACCAUAACCUGGGUAACCUACAUCACGACUUGGGUGACCAUCAACAGGCCAAGGAGUAUUAUGAACGUGCCUUGUCCAUUGAAUUGAGUAAGCUUGGACCCGACCAUGUUAACGUCGCACGUAGGUACAAUAACAUGGGUAACUUACAUAAGAACUUGGGUGAGCAUCAACAGGCCAAGGAGUAUUAUGAACGUGCCUUGUCCAUACUAUUGAAUAAGCUUGGUCCCGACCAUGUUUACGUCGCGAGUACGUACCAAAACAUGGGUAACCUACAUAUGAACAUGGGUGAGCAUCAACAGGCCAAGGAGUAUUAUGAACGUGCCUUGUCCAUUGAAUUGAAUAAGCUUGGACCCGACCAUGUUGACGUCGCAGGUAGGUACCAUAACCUGGGUAACCUACAUCACGACUUGGGUGAGCAUCAACAGGCCAAGGAGUAUUAUGAACGUGCCUUGUCCAUUGAAUUGAGUAAGCUUGGACCCGACCAUGUUAACGUCGCACGUAGGUACCAUAACAUGGGUAUUCUACAUGAGGACUUGGGUGAGCAUCAACAGGCCAAGGAGUAUUAUGAACGUGCCUUGUCCAUACUAUUGAAUAAGCUUGGACCCGACCAUGUUUACGUCGCGAGUACGUACCAAAACAUUGGUAACCUACAUAUGAACAUGGGUGAGCAUCAACAGGCCAAGGAGUAUUAUGAACGUGCCCUAUCUGUACAACUGAAUAAACUUGGACCCGACCAUGUUGACGUCGCGCGUACGUACCGCGCAUUAGGUCAUGUGCAGCGUGUUUUG